AUGGUGCUAACACAUCUUAACACCAAAAACCUAGAGGGCCUUUGCUCCAAGGAGCAGCUUGAGCUCCUCAAUACGGUCGACUCGCUGCGCUCCCAAGGCAUAAGCCAUUACAUUUCCCUACCACAAAUCAUCGUCUGCGGUGAUCAAUCUUCUGGCAAAAGCUCCGUGCUGGAGGCUAUAUCCGGUGUCUCGUUCCCCGUCAGCAGCGGGCUCUGUACUCGUUUCCCAACAGAGCUCAUCCUCAGAACGGCGGCAGACAUUUCUGUCAAGGUCUCAAUUAUCCCCCACGAGCGACCUAGCCAAAGCGAUAAAGAUCCGCUGUCUGAUUACCACGAGAAGCUGGACUCCAUUCAAGAGCUUCCAGAACUCAUCGAAAAUGUCAAAGCAGUCAUGGGAGUCAAGACGCUCGGCAAAGCUUUCUCCAAUGAUCUUCUUCGCAUCGAGAUCAGUGGACCGGAUCGCCCUCAUCUUACCAUUGUUGAUCUCCCCGGGCUGAUCCAUUCUGAGACAAAGAAUCAAUCCGCCUCAGAUGUUUCUCUCAUCUCUAGCGUCGUCAAAAGCUACAUGGCCAAGCAACGAAGCGUCAUCUUGGCAGUCAUAUCGGCCAAAAAUGACUAUGCUAACCAGAUUGUGUUGAAGCUUGCCCGCGAUGCGGAUCCUGGAGGCACGCGCACACUCGGAGUCAUAACCAAGCCGGAUACUCUUGCCCCUGGUUCCAGCAGCGAGAAGACCUACAUCUCUCUCGCUCAAAAUAAGGACGUAGAGUUUCGUUUGGGAUGGCAUGUCUUGAGGAACAGAGACACGGAUGCAGACUCUUGGAGGCAGGCACAACGCGAUGCGAAUGAAAAGGCGUUUUUCUCGAAAGGCGCUUGGUCGUCUUUGCCGGCGACGAAUCUGGGCAUUGUUUCUCUUAGAAGCCGUCUGAGCAAGCUCCUGCUGCAUCAAAUUGCUUCUGAACUGCCAAGUUUAGUGGAUGAAAUCACCCAAGAGAUGAAUGAAACCAAGGCGCAACUCGAUAAACUUGGCCAGCCCCGUAUAAGUCCGCAGGAGCAGAGAAUUUACUUGGUCAAGAUCAGCCAGACUUUUCAAUCCCUCAUGCAAGCUGCCCUGGAUGGCACCUAUACCGAUCCGUUUUUCAGUGCCCCCAACGAUGAUGAUGAGUCGGCUUACUGCAGGCGCAUUCGUGCCGUUAUCCAGAAUCUAAGUCGGGACUUUGCAGACACAAUGGCAAGCGAUGGCCAAUACUACAAGAUCACCGACGCUCCAAAGAAGGACCAGGUGCCUGGGAAAGCAGUUGAAAUGACUCGAGAUGAUUUCGUGAAGAAAGUUGUCAACAUGAUGUCUUACAGACGUGGACGAGAGCUACCCAAUUCGUUUAGCCCAGCAAUUGUCACGGAUCUCUUCCGGGAGCAGUCAGCGCCUUGGAAGUCAAUUGUCCGGAGCCAUGUUCAGAAAGCCUGGAAAGAAACCAAAGUUUUUCUAAACGAGUUGGUUGUUCAUAUUUCCGAUCCCACCACUGUGACGACCAUCAUGGAGACAGUGAUAAACCCCAAGCUUGAUACCAUACUAGCCGAUCUCCAGGAGCGGACUGCAACAUUGCUGCAUCCUUAUGAAAACGACCAUCCAGUGACUUAUAAUUCUGAGUUCACGGAAACGCUCCAGAAAAUUCGUCUCGAGCGACACUCACCACAGCUGGACGAAAUUCUGCGCAAGCACUUUCCGAAUGCCAACCUUGACAACACUCAACAGCACUUGUCGACGUACGUGAAUUUUGUGAGCUUGAAGCGGGAACUGGUGCAACGUCUUGAGCCAGAUUUGGAUCGCUGGAGCGCCCUCGAAGCACUCGAUAGCGCAAACGCCUAUUACCAGAUAGCGUCUAGACGCUUCAUCGAUGAAGUGUCUAUCCAGGUGAUUGAAACAGGAUUGAUCAGCCAGAUCCGCAACAUCCUCAGCCCUCUAGUCGUCGCGCAAAUGGACGAAGACGACAUGGCAGCCAUCGUAGGCGAGAAGGAAUCCAUCCGCAACGCACGAAAGCGCUUUCAAGCCAAGAUCAAGCUUCUCGAUGAGGGCGCUCAGACGUGCAAGAAGUUUUCUGGAUAUCAAAUACUGGUAGCAGGCAGCGAUGAUGAUGACAACCAUAAAUUGGCUGGCUCUCCGCAAAACUCGAUUAGAACCGAUUGGGCGUCAACAGUGCCCAGUCUUUUGAGGGGAAAGCAGCGGAAGAGAAUGCCUCAACAACUGUAA